AUGACCUUCUGGGCUGCCGCUGCCACAUCUGGCCCUGCCCUCGGACCGCUUGUGUCUGGUUUCAGUGUUCCGCCGGAGAAUUGGCGAUGGUCUUUGUGGGAGAUCCUUUGGGUCUCGGGCCCGGUAUUCCUGCUCCUUUUCUUCUGCUUGCCGCAGACGUCGACGCCGAACAUCCUACCACGCCGGGCCCGAAGGCUUCGAAAUCUCACUGGGAAUCCACGGCUGAGAAGUCAGAGCGAGGUUGUCCAAUCAAAGUUAACAGUCAGAGAAGUUGCCAAUGAUGCUGUAUGGAAACCGAUGCAGAUUCUCAUUCAAGAUCCAGCUAUCAUGUUUGCGGCAGUAUGUACCUCUUUGGUCUACGGAAUCUACUACUCCUUCUUCGAAGUGUUCCCAUUGGUUUAUAUUGGUCUCUAUCACUUGAAUUUCGGACAGAUGGGUUUGGCAUUCUUAUCCAUCGCUGUUGCCACUGCCCUAGCCAUCAUCACUUAUUUUAGCUACUUUUAUUUCAUACUCGAACCCAAUAUCAAAGCCAAUGGCUUUGGCCCUCCGGAACAACGCCUUUUGUCGGCUUUGUACGGCUCCUUCCUUCUCCCAACUGGCCUGUUCCUCUUCGGUGGGACCGCAAACGGCCACAUUCAUUGGAUCGUCAGCGUUGUCUGCAUCGGCGUCUAUGCCUUUGGCGUCUUCAUCGUCCUGCAGUGCAUUUUCCUCUACGUACCAUGA